AUGAACGAUCCCGAUUCACCGCAUGGGAAUAUGGGACUGCUUCGGACCUUCGAUUCUUCGGAGUUCUCCAGUUGGGAGAAAAUUGGCUCAGGUGGAUUUGGACAAGUAUACAAAGUCCGGCAUGUUCAGUGGAAAACAUGGCUCGCUAUCAAGUGCCCUCCUUGCCUUCACGUAGAUGACAAGGAACGGUCAGAGCUGCUGGAGGAAGCCAAGAAAAUGGAAGCAGCCAAGUUCCGCUACAUCUUGCCUGUGUAUGGGAUCUGUGAGGACCCUCAGGGCCUGGUCAUGGAGUACAUGGAGACAGGAUCUCUGGAAAACUUGCUAGCAACAGAGCCGCUUCCCUGGGAGCUCCGCUUCCGAAUCAUCCACGAGACCGCUGUGGGCAUGAAUUUCUUACACUGCAUGAAACCGCCUCUGCUCCACCUGGACCUGAAGCCAGCCAACAUUCUGCUUGAUGCCCACUACCAUGUCAAGAUAUCCGAUUUUGGCCUGGCUCGCUGGAAUGGUCUGUCACGGGGAGACGACAUCAGUAGAGACGGCUUCUGUGGCACAAUCGCGUACCUGCCGCCUGAAAGCAUCAUUGAGAAAGACAGAGUGUCUGACACCAAGCAUGACAUAUACAGUUUUUCCAUUGUUGUCUGGGGCAUCCUCACUCUGAAGAAACCCUAUCAAGGAGAGAAUAACAUCUUACAGAUCAUGGUGAAAGUGGUUAAAGGUGUGCGUCCGGAUCUGGGGAAGGUGUCACGUAAUCGUCCGACCGCCUGCACUGGCUUUCUGAAUCUAAUGCAACGCUGCUGGGCAACUGAUCCUGAGGCCAGACCCAGCUUCCAAGAAAUCACAUCGGAAGCUGAAGAUCUGUGCUGUAAACCUCAAGAAGAGCCCAAGACCCCAAGCUUAUCAUCAGAGUCGGAGCUUACCUUCUGUGACGGGCUGCCCCUUCAGCAGAUGAAAAAAGGCAAUCAACCAGUCCGCCCAAUCUCAGCCAUGCUGCCUGAGAAGGAGUACAGUCUGUCCGAGCUGUUGACCCAGGUGGAUUCUGGGAUCUCGAGGAGCUUUGAUCGAUUAAAGGACGAUAGCUGCCACAGCAAAGAGAACACAAAGAGGCUGUCUGGUAUGUCUUCUGCGGAUUCGGCCUUUUCUUCGCAAGACUCUAUAACGCUUUCGCUGGAGAAGGAAAGCACCAUUGAUUCCACUGAGGUGCACAAAAGGAAGUUAUGCGACGCGAUCAAAACAAAUGACAUUGUGAAACUGAUGAAGAUCCUGCAGCCGCAGGAUGUUGACCUUCUCCUCGACGGCGGCGGUAGUCUACUCCAUUAUGCCAUCACCUUGGCCAAUGAAGAAGCUGUUAAGUUCCUCCUGAUGAACAACUCCAAUCCCAAUUUUGCCAACGCGCGUGGCUCCACCCCUCUUCAUCUGGCAACUGAGAAACACUUGAAACCCCUGGCGGAGCUUCUGCUCAGUCGGCGAAGUACCAACGUGAACGCCAAGGAUGAAGAUCAGUACACGGCCUUGCAUUGGGCGGCUCAAAAUGGCGACGAAGCCAUGGCGCGCUUGUUGCUCGACCGGGGGGCGGCGAUCAACGAGAUUGACGGUCAGGGGCGCACGCCCUCUCACGUCGCCUGCCAGCACGGCCAUGAAAACGUCAUCCGAGUGCUGCUGAGUCGUGGCGCUGAUGUUCAUAUCAAGGGGAAGGACAACUGGACAGCGUUGCACUUUGCCGCCUGGCAGGGUCAUCUGGGAAUCGUGAAACUGCUGAUAAAGCAGGCAGGCGCCGACGUCAACGCCCAGACUGCGGACGGUCGCGCACCGCUGCAUUUAGCCUCCCAGAGGGGGCAUUACCGAGUGGCCCGAAUCCUCAUCGAAUUUAAGGCAGACGUUCACAUGAAAACUUCAGAGUUAAACACGCCCUUGCAUAUAGCGGCAGAAACCGGUCACACCAGCACAUCCCGCCUCCUGAUCAAACACCACGCGGAUAUCCAUGCCGAGAACAGCCAAGGAUUUACGCCUCUCCACUUGGCCUCCCGGCGGGGCCACCUCACCACGGUCAAAAUGUUAAUAGAAGAGGGCGCCGAUCCUAAAAAACUCACCUGCGCCCAACUCUGUCCGUACCGCCUGGCGGCAGACGGCGGACAUUGCGCAGUUUUGGAAGAACUACUCCUUCACUGUCCAGACACGGGCGCGCUGCCAGACGAGCUCGGCCAGUUGCGGCUGGCGGACGAUGGGGCAUGCAUGCUAGAGGACCCCAGAGACUUCAUUAGCCAAAGCUUGCCGCCGCCUGAGCCCGAAAAGCCGCAAGGGGCCAAGUUACUCCAGAGGAGAGUCGUCAUUCUCAAAUUGACGGAGCAUAAUGACAGCCCGCAGAUAAGCGCUUCACAGUGUGCGUCAGCUUUGUGUUAA